AUGUCCAAUCUCGAUAACCUAGAAUCCGAUCUUCUUACGGCCAUUGACGGCGCGGAGACCGAAACCGCACUGGAAGACGUCCGGGUCCACGCUCUUGGCAAGAAGGGCCGUAUUUCCGAGCAAAUGAAAACACUCGGCAAGAUGACCCCGGAAGAACGACAAGUGAUGGGUCCGGCGCUGAACGGCCUGAAAGCCAAGAUCACUGACGCCAUCAGCGCUCGCAAGGACAUCCUGGCAGAAGCUGCAUUGGAACAGCGCCUUGCCAGCGAAACAGUCGACGUCACGCUGCCCUUGCGUCCUUCACCGGCGGAGACCGGCCGUAUCCAUCCGGUCAGCCAGGUGAUCGACGAACUCACAGCCAUUUUUGCGGAUAUGGGAUUUUCCAUUGCCGAAGGCCCCGACAUCGAAACCGAUGAGCUGAAUUUCACGGCGCUGAAUUUUCCCGAAGGCCAUCCGGCACGCGAGAUGCACGACACGUUUUUCUUCAACGAGAAGGCAGACGGUGAACGCCUGCUGCUGCGCACGCAUACUUCCCCGGUUCAGAUCCGCACCAUGCGGACCCAGGAACCGCCGAUCCGCGUGAUCAUCCCGGGGCGGACAUAUCGCUGCGACAGCGACCAGACGCACACGCCGAUGUUUCACCAGGUGGAAGGGCUCGUGAUCGACAAGGAAAGCCAUUUCGGCCAUCUGAAAUGGGUUCUGCAGGAGUUCUGCAAAUCCUUCUUCGAAGUUGACGACAUCAAGAUGCGCUUUCGUCCGAGUUUCUUCCCGUUCACCGAACCGUCCAUGGAAGUCGAUAUCCAGUGCGACCGGUCCGGCGGCGAAGUCAGGAUCGGCCAGGGCGACGACUGGCUGGAAAUCCUCGGCUGCGGCAUGGUUCAUCCGAACGUUAUCCGCAAUUGCGGACUUGAUCCGGAUGUUUAUCAGGGAUUUGCCUGGGGCAUGGGGAUCGACCGGAUCGCAAUGCUGAAAUACGGCAUGCCGGACCUGAGAGCCUUCUUCGACGCAGAUGUCCGCUGGAUCCAGCACUAUGGCUUCCGCCCUCUCGACCUGCCGACGCUGUUUGGCGGCCUGUCCAACUAA